GCGUCCGUCCGUCGCCGUCGACGUUUACCGUUUCCGCGAGCUCGCGGGCGGGCUGGCCCGCCCAUUAGCGCCUACGUGGGCCUUCUCUCGGCCUAUUCGAACCGAAACGACGGCACUCCGACUCCGAGCGGAGCAUCUUCUUCCCGGACCUGUCCCUGCUCGCUGUCCGCUUUCGCUGCUCCUGCCACGGCGAACGCUGCUGGAGAUGAGCCCUAAAUCUACAACGGCGGGGAAACUCGCUCGGCGGCAGUAAAUCCCCCCCUUGCCGCCGGCCAUUAUCGGAAGGAAGCGGAAAGGGGACCAAACCACCGGUCUCCUCUUCUUCCCGCAGAUAAUCAGCCAGAUGAAGAAACAGAAAAUGGCGAAUGGACCAUCACACGACAAGAACAAGGUGUUCGCCAGUUUGACUCACGAAGAUGCUUCAGAUAUUGAUCCGUCUUACAAGAUUUUCUUGGAAAAUCUUAUUGAAGAUGGAAGUGCGUAUGUGUUUCAUAUGCCAAAUGGGGACCAUGGCUUGCCUGCUUCCAUCAGGUAUGAAGAGGAUGCUAUGUCAUAUGGAGGCACAAAUGUCCCCAAAAAAUUGCCACACACAAGUCGGGGUGGUCCAAAUGUCAAGCGACUAGAUCAAACAUCAGGCAGGGCUGUCAAUGGAAAUGCGGGCCAUUCCUUUCUACCAAGGACAUUGUCUGUGAAGAACAACACCUCAGAGGUCGAUGAAUCUUAUGCAGAAUUUCUGAGCCUCAUGAAGAUCAAGGAUGGUUUCAUGGUUCUUGAGCUGGAACCAGGUGUUACUGUGGUAUACGAGCAAGAGGAGAAGACACCCCCUGGAUAUGAUGAAUUGAGAACUUUGGUUAUGUCUGAACGUGGAAUUGACGGGCCUGCUCCAGAAAAUUUGCAUGGUCAGGAUUUAAUCUGCACAGAUGAGCAUGGACUUGUACCUUGUACUGAAUCUUCUGAUUUUAACGCAUCUGAAGAAUGUGAAGAAGCACCUAUUGCUCUUAGUUGUGGUGCUCCUUCUACAUUUGAUGAAAAACUUGAUUCUGUUUUAAGUCAGCCAUAUGACCAAAAUGAAUACAAAGAGCUUAUGAGAAAAGCCACUGACCAGAAGCCUGUGAGCAGACAAAGACAAUUGCGAAGUGGAUCCAAGCGCUAUGCCACAGGAUUCGUUGGACUGUCGUAUCUUGAUCACUACCCAGAUCUGGCCAAGCAAAUCGACACUGCUGACACUAAUGAGAGACGACUGAACCUCCUGCGAAAAUUCUUCUUCUGGCUGGAGAACUUAUGCCAUGAUGGAGCACACAUGCCAUGGAUCGCCAAGGCGCUGGCCUGCAAUCCCAUCGCAACAGACGACUGACCGAGAACCGGAACAGAUACGGGUUGUCCAAGAUGCCGCGAGAUUGAAUGAAAAACAGGCAGUGUGCAGAUCGACGCAUUAACUCCUCGAUCGGUAGCUAUGUAGAUAUGUCAAGCAUGUACUUUUGUUGCGCGGCCGCAUGUAAGUAGCCUCGUAUAUGCUGCUUUGGGUUUGUGAUUUAGCCAGGUCUCUGUGUGAUCUUCGGUGUUCUCUAUGGUGCUAUGGAUAUUUGUUUCUUAGUAACAGUUUCUGUAGACAAAUAAUUUGCAAUACGAUGUAUUGAUUUGGGGUGCUGGUGCACGCAUAUAUAAUAUAAGGGAAGGCCUCUAUCUCAACUA